AUGCCGGAAGAGCUUCAGCACUGGAAGGUGAUGGGGGAUUUCUGGGCUGAGACAAUCAUCUAUGUCGCGCCCUCGCACUCCACCGCGAAGCAACACAUGCAGCAUCUUGAGAAUGGCGGGCAGUUCCUCACCCAUAUCUGGGCUCUGCUUUCUCAUGCUGGUAUCCUGAACCUUAACAGGGACAAGGAUCAGGGGGCACAGGAAGAGCCUGCAUCUGUAUGA